GAAGGAAGCGGUGGUGUCUCAUUCUGCAGAUGAGAACUGUCCUGAGGUCAUAUACCAAGUGUAUGCUGCAGCUGGAAUUCAAACCAGAUGUGUCUAAUAACUUUCUACUCCAUAGUGCUAUCUGUAUGAAAAGCAAUUUCAUUUCAAUAUAGAUGACCAUGCAGCCUGCAAUUCAAGUAUGGUUUGGAGAAGAUCUGCCUCUAAGUCCGCGGAGUCCCCUGACUCCCAGACAUGGACCAGGCUUGGCCGAUGUUUGUCAGUAUGAUGAGUGGAUAGCUGUGAGGCAUGAAGCGACUCUGUUGCCUAUGCAGGAAGACCUGUCAAUUUGGUUAUCUGGAUUAUUAGGUAUUGAAAUUAAGGCAGAGAAAUUGUUGGAAGAACUUGACAAUGGAGUACUAUUGUGCCAACUGAUUGAUGUUCUUCAAAACAUGGUGAAAACAUACAAUUCUGAAGAACCAGAGAAUUUCCCAAUGAGGAAAGUGCCCUGUAAGAAAGAUGCUGCAUCUGGUUCAUUCUUUGCCCGAGACAAUACUGCAAAUUUCCUUCACUGGUGUAGGCACAUUGGGGUUGAUGAAACUUACCUCUUUGAAUCCGAAGGUUUAGUUUUGCACAAAGAUCCAAGACAGGUAUAUCUUUGCCUUCUUGAAAUUGGUCGAAUUGUGUCGAGAUAUGGAGUUGAACCACCAGUAUUAGUAAAACUUGAGAAGGAAAUUGAGUUAGAAGAGACCUUACUUAAUACCUCUGGACCUGAAGAUUCCAUCAGUAUCCCAAAGUCAUGCUGUCAACAUGAAGAGCUACAUGAAGCCGUUAAACAUAUUGCUGAAGAUCCUCCUUGUAGUUGUUCUCAUCGAUUUUCUAUUGAGUACUUAUCGGAAGGACGGUACCGACUAGGGGAUAAAAUUCUCUUUAUAAGAAUGCUUCAUGGAAAACAUGUCAUGGUCCGUGUUGGUGGAGGCUGGGAUACUCUUCAAGGAUUUUUGCUUAAAUAUGAUCCCUGUCGAAUAUUACAGUUUGCCACACUGGAACAAAAAAUUCUAGCCUUUCAGAAAGGAGUUUCCAAUGAGAGCGUGCCCGAUUUUCCCAGCAGAACACCUCAGCCUCCCGAAAUGAAUCCUCUGUCAGCAGUUCACAUGUUUCAGAAACAAAAUCCCAAACCUGGCACAGCAGCUGAUAUCUCACGGAGCAAAGGAAAGCAGGUGCGACCACAGGGGGUGCCGCUGCCAGCGUCUUCACUGAAUGGGGAGAAUCUGGACUCCGUGACGGUCCGCUCUAAAUUUCCAAAUCCCCCAGCAGCAUCCUCUCCUCUCAAGCUCAAGUCUUCAAAAGGCAUAACAAAGAAACCACAUGCUCCUUCAAAAAAUGUAUCAUCUUCACUUGCUUUAAAUCCAGUAGGUAAAAGUACUUCUUCACCAGCUUUAUCAAGAACCGCACCUUGUGUAUCUGGGUCUUUGAGAAAAUGUAAUGCUUCUCCCAAAACUCCUAAAGCCAAGGUUCUUCCAGCCCAUAAUUCAGUAGGUCGGCCCGAGACUACCCUUUUGCCAAAAACGUGCUCUGGAAAAACUGAACCAAAGUAUUUGAAACAUAAUCGUACUUCUCCCAGGGAUGAUGCAGUGCUUCACUCAGCUGUACAUUUAAAUUCAUCAUCAAAGUGUCCAAAGCAACCUAAAACAAAUACACGUGUUAGGCCUCAACCUUCGCCUUCUUCCCAGUCCCCUGCAACAGUGACAAAACCCAGUUCCAAAACUGCAGGUCUAAGAAUGCAGUCUAAACCAUCUGAGAGAGCCCCACAAGCAGUGACAGUCCCAACACAGAAACUUAGAUCCCCCUUGAAUUUAAAUCAGCCCGUUUCUGCACCCUCAGUUUCUCCUCCAAAAGCUACUCCAAAAUUGAAAGAUAAAACUACGGUUUCAUUUGCCAAAAAGCAGCCUCAGAAUAAAAGUUCUGCAUGCCAGAAGACAGGAUCCAGCUCCUCAAAGUCCCCUGGCCGUACCCCACUGUCCAUCAUGAGUCUUCCUCAGUCUUCCGCCAAAACACAGACUGCUCUGAAGUCAGCACAGAUGGCCAGCAAAGGCCAGCAUGGUGCUCGAGGGCUGCCAAGGAAUGGCAAAGCCCCAGCUGCAACCAGGAAGCCACCCUCGUCUGCUAAGGAAGCAGAUAGCGGAGAUAAAGCUGCUGCUAAGAAAAAGGAGGAUGAUGACCAUUACUUUGUUAUGACUGGAAGUAAGAAACCUAGAAAAUAAAUACCUGUGCAUUAUGUUAAGAAGAGAGGAGAAAGGAGCAGAGUGUGUGCAUCACCUUCACAUCUUUACAGUGUCUCCUGUUGGUGUUUGUCUGAAGACGUGUAGACUGAUGUCAACAAGCACAAGACGGGGGUGGAGGUGGGACAGCAGAGGGUACGCCAGAACUCACCUGUCUGAAUGUACCAGUGGCUACGCGUCUGAGGCAAACAGUCACCACAGGUGCUUAUUAGUAGUAGUCGUGUAUGAUCUUCAACGUCCAGUUAUUUGCUCUUUAAGGGAAGUAUCAAAGUCAAAUAACACUACUAGAUUAUAUAGUUGCUUUAUGUUUGAAUAUAUAUUAAAUAUGAAGGUUAUAUACUUGCUAAUAGAAACUUGCUCUUCAAAUUAGUUAUUACAUUUUAGUAGGAAAGAAAUGGUUUGGCACUUAGCCUAUAAAAGGCAACUAAUUUGAUUUCUGGACAAGGAUUGCAUGAUCCAACAACACUAAAUACCAAAGGCUGCUGCUGAUUAGCUUAGCAUUAUUCUGGGUUGGGGGAAUUCUCUCUCUCUCUCUCUUUUUUUUU